AUAUUAAUAUAUGCACUAUACUCACACAUCAUGGCUACAUUCAUAAAAAGCGAGAUCAUGGGUACAAACCUGGAAACUACGAAUCGAUACUCGAACCUAGAAGCUCGAGGAUUUGGCGCUUCUGGUGUUAUCUGCUCAGCAAAAGACUGCAUUCAUAACAAAACGGUCGCCAUUAAAAAAAUAACCAAGCCCUUUGCUUCCACUGCAGUGGCUAGGCGCACAUAUCGUGAGGUUCACUUGGCCAGCAACCUACGACAUGAUAACUUGAUCAAUCUGCGCGAUAUCUUCAUCUCACCAUCUGAAGAUGUUUAUCUUGUGAUGGAUUGUGUAAUGACAGAUCUACACCAACUCAUUCAAUCAGCACAAAAGCCACUGGAAGGCCAGUUCAUACAAUUCUUCACGUAUCAGAUGCUGCGAGGAUUAAAAUACAUUCAUUCUGCUGGUGUGAUUCAUCGUGAUCUCAAACCAAGCAACCUUCUAGUCAACGACAAUUGUGACUUGAAGAUUUGCGACUUUGGAUUGGCUCGAGAACAAGACCAUCAGAUGACUGGUUAUGUCACCACCCGGUACUACCGGGCACCAGAGAUCAUGUUGACCUGGAAGAAGUAUAACUACGCAGUUGACAUCUGGAGUGUUGGCUGUAUCCUGGCAGAGAUGCUUCUCGGUCGGGUUCUCUUCCCCGGAAACGACCAUGUACAUCAAUUCACUCUGAUUACUGAGCUGUUGGGUAAACCUCCUAAGGAAGUUAUGGAGAGAGUUUACAGCAAGACUACACUUCAAUUUGUUCAGUCUCUACCAGAGAUACAACGCCGCCCACUGAAGUCCAUUCUUGCAGGUGUGGACCCUCAAGCCGUUGAUCUCUUGGAGAAAAUGCUCGACAUUGAUCCGGAAAAGAGAAUCACGACGACAGAAGCCCUCACUCACCCGUAUAUCUCAACUUACGCGGAUCCGGAAGAUGAACCUACUUUCGAUAAGCAACUGGAUUGGUCCCUUCUCGACUCGGAGCUGUCUUCAGAAGAGUGGAAAACCAAGAUGUACUUUGAGGUUUUGGAUUACCACCGUGGUGCUUGCGAUGGACAAGAUGAUGUUCACAUGGCUCAAGAGCAAAAGACAGAUGACUGGCUUCGUAGGGAGAUGGUGGCUGAAACGUACUAA